AUGGAUAUCAAAUCAAUUCCAGAAUAUUAUAUCCUAAAAAGGUGGACAAAGUUAGCUAGAAGUGAGACUUCACGUAAUGUUUAUGUUAGCUAUGUGGAAGAAGAUGUUGAUUUAUCCCCAGCACAACGCUACAAAGAGAUUUGUCUUCGCCUUAUUAGGAUAGCCAAUAAAGCAUGUAGAAGUCCAGAUGCAUUCACAUUCCUUUGCAAAAACACUAAUGAAUUAGAUAGGCACAUGCUAGAGUUUCAAAAGAAUCCAGUUAAUAUUUCUCAGGUGAAUGAGUUUAUUGAUAAAGUUAAAGAGUCUAUAAGCACCCAUGAUGAUUUGGCACAAGCAAAAGACUUCAAAAAAAGAGAAGGCUAA